CUUGCUUAUCAAUAGUAGUAAUACCCUGAGGUUCCUAGAAACUACUAGCAUAUCUUGAACAUUAAACAUUCUUGCUCCUGCACUCUCAACUACAUCUGUUUUUUCAUGUUGUUGACAUAUAAUGAAGACCACAAGUGUUCUUUCCAAUGGAACCUACUCAACCCUCCCUGAGAUUUAUAUUCGCCCUGAAUCUCAAAGGCCUCAUUUGUCUGAAGUUGUUGACAGACAAGAUGUUGUUCCAGUUAUCGACUUGUGUUGCAGUGAUAGAAACAUUAUCAUUCAUCAAAUUGGCGAAGCUUGUCGUCUUUAUGGAUUUUUCCAGGUAAUAAACCAUGGUGUACCAAAGGAAGUAAUAGAUGAAAUGCUAGAGGUUGCCCAUGAGUUUUUCAGGCUACCUGUGGAAGAGAAAAUGAAGUUAUAUUCAGAUGAUCCAUCAAAGACCAUGAGAUUAUCCACUAGUUUUAAUGUGAAGAAGGAAACUGUUCAUAAUUGGAGAGAUUAUCUUAGACUGCAUUGUUAUCCUUUGGAGAAAUACGCCCCUGAAUGGCCUUCUAAUCCCUCUUCUUUCAGGAAAAUAGUGAGCAGAUACUGCACGGAAGUUCGACAACUUGGAUAUAGAUUGGAAGAAGCAAUAUCAGAGAGCCUAGGCCUUGAGAAAGAUUGUAUAAAGAAUGCGUUGGGUGAACAAGGUCAACAUAUGGCUAUCAAUUUUUACCCUCAGUGUCCAGAACCUGAACUCACUUAUGGGCUACCAGCCCAUACAGAUCCAAAUGCCCUUACUAUUCUUCUUCAAGAUUUGCAAGUAGAAGGUCUUCAAGUUCUCAAGGAUGGAAAAUGGUUAUCUGUUAAACCUCAGCCUAAUGCCUUUGUCAUCAAUAUUGGUGAUCAAUUGGAGGCAUUGAGUAACGGAAAGUACAAAAGUGUAUGGCAUCGAGCUAUUGUAAAUUCAGACAAACCAAGGAUGUCCGUGGCUUCUUUCCUUUGUCCUUCUGAAAGUGCAAUUAUUAGUGCUCCACAAACCUUAACUGAAGAUGGGUCACCAACCAUUUAUCGGGAUUUCACUUAUCCCGAGUAUUACAACAAAUUUUGGAGCAGGAAUUUAGACCAGGAACACUGUUUGGAACUUUUCAAGAAAGGAAACUAAUACUAGUAUUUGUAUGUGGGUUCAAGUUAUAUAUCAGUAUGAAGAAUUCUUACAUCGACCUGUGUGUAGUUUGUCACACAGCUAGCUAUCGUCAGGCCAUCUAAUAAAUGUGUUAGGCAAUUUUACACUGGUAGUAUAAGGAAUUUUUAUAUCUGCCUAUGUGUGUUUUUGUCACACAGCUACCGAUCGAGCAGGCCAUCGUAAUAAAUGUGUUAGGAGAUUUGUACAAUAAUCUGCCUUUGCAGAAGUUUUCUCUUCUCUUA